AUGGCUUACGCUAACAAUGAACUCUAUCAAACAUUCGAUGAUAGUUGUUUACAAUAUAUCGAUUACGCUCAAUAUGAAAGACAAAUGUUCAAUGAUGAAUAUCCAUCUACUAUGAUUCAGUUGGCACGCCAGUACUGGAAACAACUUUUAGAUGGGUACGAUAGUACCAAAAAACUUCAACUACCAUAUGAUCAUGUUGUUGAAAUGCGUAGUGGACACAGUUCAGCCGUUACCUUUGCAGUUGAAUGUUACACUCCUGCUAUUCAUCAGUAUUGUGCCGAAAAUGGCUUUACAGUUUUCGCCGUAUUUAUGGCAUGUUAUUACGUCUUUUUAUUCAAACUGACAAAUUUUGACAACGAUAUUUGUAUUGGUGUUAUCAACGCUAACAGAUAUCGUCAAGAGUUAGAGAACAUUAUUGGUAUGUUUGAUAAUUUAGUUCCAUACAGAUAUACAAUCGCUGAUAAUUCAAAAGUGACAUUUGAGCAUCUGAUGGCGGAAGUUCAUAAUUUAUGCUCAGAACAGCUGCAAUAUGCAUAUUUACCUUACCAGGAUAUUUUAAAACUUUAUCCAAGUAGCCACGAAAAUUCAACUGUUAUUCAGGCCAUGCUCAAUUAUAGUGUUAACAAGUGUGCUAACUUACAGAUGGGUGACGGUCGUAUUUGCACUCUUAUCACGAAACUACCUUCCGGUGUGAUCAAAAAUGAUUUAACACUAAGUAUCUACGAAGAUGAGCAUAGAACUUUAUCAUGUUCAUUCGAAUAUGCAACGGACGUUUUUGAGCGAACAACAAUUGAAACGAUGUGUUGUAGAUUUCAGGCUCUGUUACAGCAGCUGUUUAUUGGUCAGAAACGACAUCAACCGCUGCAUGAAUUAUCAUUUCUUUUAUCAAACGAAGUACAGCUAAUCAACGAUAUGAAUUUAACCGAAUACGCCGACAAACUAUUUCAAAGAUGCAUCCACGAAGAAUUUUUCUUAUCAGCUCAAAUGCAUCGAGACAAAAUUGCUAUAAUCUAUGAAGAACAAUGUUUUACGUAUGCUAAUUUAGCUGAACAUGUCAAAUGUUUAGCCAUAAAGUUGGUUAAAGAUCAUCAUGUUAAAGCGGGUGAUAUAAUAAUACAAGUAAUUGAAAGAUCAUUUGAAAUGGUUGUUGGAAUUUUGGCUAUCAUGGCUACAGGAUGUAUUUAUUGUCCUUUGAUGUCAUCGAAUCCACCGCAGCGUAUUUUAACUUUAAUAAAUGAUACAAAGUCGCAUACUAUUUUAAUACACUCAGAAACGAAAUCAAAAUUUGAGUCCAUUGCUAUCGAAUUGGAAAGCAAAGGCAUUGAAAUAAUUAAUAUCGAAGAAUAUGUCUAUGGCAGUUAUAGCGUCGAAAAUCCAUGUGAGAAACUGUCACCAACUACUACCAAGCCAGAAGACAUCGCCUAUAUCAUCUACACGUCAGGCUCAACAGGUAUUCCGAAAGGCGUUCUGACACGCCACAAAAGUUUUUUGUUGUGCAUUGACGCGUAUGUUAAGACAAAUAUACUGCAGAACAAUGAUGUUGUCAUUCAAACAACUGGAUGUUCAUGGGAUAUACAUAUCAAAGAAGUUGUUGGUACACUAUUAGUUGGCGCUCAACUUGUCAUACCAAAAUCUUCUAUCGAAAUGGAUUAUUUAACAAAAUUGAUUCAGAAUCGAAGUAUUACUUACAUACAUACGGUACCGACAUUUACGAAUACACUUUGUGAAUACUUGGAGAAAAACAUGCAGUUCGAUCGUAUUAAAACAAUACGCUCAUUCUGUUCAAUUGGUGAAGCUAUGGAACCAAAAACUAUAGCAAAACUGAUGGCUCAUUUAGAUGAAAAAGCAACAAUCUACUCCCUUUAUGGCACAACUGAGUGUGGUAUUGCAUCAACGUAUUACAUCGUCGCCCAGAAAGAUCUAAAUUCAAAAAUUAUUCCAGUUGGAUCUCCCUUUCCGAAUUAUGUCUGUUACGUUCUCGAUAAAUUUUCAAAACUGGUUGGCGUUGAUCAAAUAGGAGAGAUCUAUAUUGGAGGCGAUGGUCUUAUGGCCGGAUACCUCAACAGAGAUGAUUUAAAUGAAGGAGUCCUGCUCAGUAUUCCCGAAAUUACAAAACGAAAAUUAUACAAGACAGGUGAUUUAGCACGAAUAAAUUCAGCGGGUGAACUAUUGAUUAUGGGACGUUCAGAUUUUCAAAUAAAACUUCGCGGACAACGCCUUGAAGUGGGUGAAAUUGAAGCAGUGGUAUGUCGAGCAGUACCAGCAAGUAUUUCCAAAUGUUACAUCAUGAAACAAACCUACGAAGAAAAUCAUCAAGAUUAUUUAGUAGCUUAUAUUAUGGCGCCUGACAUAUCUGCCGAGGCUGACAAAAUUUCUUUGAAACAUCAAAUUAUAGAGUAUUGUCAAACACAUUUGCCGGUGUACAUGAAUCCAUCUAUAUUUAUCAUUAUGCCAUAUUUACCAUUAAAUCCAAAUGGUAAAAUCGAUCGAAAACAACUACCAAAACCAGAUUUUGCGCAGCUGCACGAGAGCAAUCUUGAUUAUCUCGAGCCAAAAAAUGAACUAGAACAAGAAGUUCACAAUUUAUGGUGCAAAAUACUACAUAUUGAUAAAAUGGUGUCCAUGAAAUCAAAUUUCUUUUCACUAGGUGCUAUUGCUUCAUUUGUUCAAGAACGGAUAUGGUAUAACGAAAAUAUAAGAUUUAGUCAAAGUCGCUAUGCAAUGUUCAAUGUACCAUAUCUACUAAAAGUUAUUAGUGGUCAGAUCACAAUACGCCAACUAAAAUUAGCAAUUUCACAUAUCAUCAACAAAAACUCGGUAUUGCGAACGUCAUUGAACUAUGAUUCGAAUGACCAAUGUUUAAAACAAACUCUUAAACCAAUGCUAAUUGAUGAUGAUCAGCAUCCAUUGUAUUAUACGUUCGAAUGUACUUCGAUCUUGAAUAAGUCAGAACUAGAAGUUAUAUUAUUUAACGAAGAAACAAAUCGAACUUAUUUUGAUUUAAAUAAGGGUGUUGUUUUUCGUUGUCGAAUUAUUCAGUGUUCUUCAGCUCCUAAUAACGAUUUAUUGAGUACAAACGACUACGUAAUAUUCAACUUUCACCAUAUUGCAUUUGAUGGAAGCUGUGUAGCACUAUUCUUCAAUGAUCUUCAACUAGCGUUUGGUAACGACAAUUUUGUAUAUAGUCCUGAAGACUUUUUACAAUAUACUGAUUAUUCUCAAUAUGAAAAAACGAUAGAUAUGACCAAAGCGAAAGCAUUCUGGAAACAACUUUUGAGUGAUUACGACCUUAGUGGAGACUCACAGCUACCGUAUGAUUGCCAAUUAACUACAGAUUCCAAGCGCACAGGUCUAUGUACCUGCAUAACAUUUGAGCUAGAUAAAUGUGUAGUUGAUACAAUGAUUGAAUAUGCUCGAGAAUUACAAGUAUCUAUGUUUCAGUUGUGUCUGGCAACUUUUUUUAUUUAUUUAUUCAAUGUCACGAACGGCAGAACCGAUCAGUGUGUGGGUAGCGUGAAUGCAAAUCGUUACCGUAAAGAAUUACAGACGAUUCUUGGAAUGUUUGUUAACUUAUCGCCAUACCGACUGAAAAUCGAUCCAAACUUAUCAUUUCAAGAUAUAGUCUUACAAAUACAGCAGCAGUGUUUAGAAGUAUUACAACAUGCCUAUUUACCUUAUCAAGAAAUAUUGCAACUUCAUGGACAGAUAACUGGAAAUCGCUUACCGUUUAUUGAAACGUUUUUUCAGCUGGAAACUUCAACAACAUCUAGCAACGAUAUUAUUUUAGGCAACGGUACAGUGAUACGACCACUAUUAAAUAAUGAAGAUGUAAUACAGAAACACUACACAUCAAUAUAUGAUUUAGCAUUACUAAUAAACUAUGAUUUCGAAGCUCGAUCAAUGGAAUGUUCAUUCAGUGGUGCCAAUGAUUUAUACACUCCACAAACGGUGAAAAAAUUAUCUGAAAGAUAUCAAAUUUUAUUAUCACAGCUAUUCGCUUCAUCCUUUGAUAGAAAACAAUAUCUAUUAAAGCAAUUGUAA